AUGCUCUGUGACUUGAACAUCCCAUGGCCGGUUGCGUCCUACAACCAGAGGCCCACUAUGUUGCAAGUGCAUUCUCUCAAACAGAUUCUUUGCACACUAGAAGAACUGGGCUAUUCACAGGUGGCAUUCAAUUUUGAGCUGAUUCCUCCAAACAAGGUUCCUAAUGACACUAAAACUCCCAAUCCAAUAGACCUUUCAUUAUUCAAAGAGUUCAAAGGAAGAAUCAAGUUAUACACCAGAAUAACACUAGUCAUAGAUGAUCCAUCCCAGUGUCAAGGGCUGAGCAAGUUGACCCGAGCCUUUGAUAUCAUUGCUGUUAGACCCAGAAGUGAAAGAGCCCUGCAACUAGCAGUAUCAAGCUUGGAAUGCGAUCUAAUUACGUUUAAUUACGGAGAAAGACUGCCGUGCUAUUUGAAACACAAAACUGUAUGUUCAGCUAUAGAAAAAGGCAUUCUGUUUGAGAUAGUCUACUGUGCAGCUGUAGAUGGACCAGCUGGUAGCAUUUCAACGGAUAAUGGAAUAACAGAUGCAGGCAUUAGCAGGAAGCAUUUCUUCAAUGGUGUAGCUUCUUUAAUUAGAGCAUCUCGUUCAAGGGGAUUGGUUAUCUCCAGUGGUGCUACCAAUCCCCUAUUAUGCCGGAACUCAUAUGAUGUAAUUAACCUGUUGACGGUGUUAGGCCUUGCCAGUUCCACUUCAAAACAAUGCGUAUCAUCAUCCCCCGCCAAAGUAUUAUUAAAUGGAACUCUUCGAAUUAGGAGCUAUAAACAAACAGCUGCCAUAGGGGACGAGCCUUUAGCUGGUGGGGUUGGCAGUGCUUCCGAGAGAGGGAACUCUGUAUCACAUUUCAAAAGAAAACUAGAAGAUAAUACUGUAUUACAACGUCAAAAGAAAAAGCUAUCGAGCUAA